GGUAACAGGAUGAUGUCCAGAAAGGAAGAGAAGCGCUCAUUCGGCAAUGGGAAUCUCAGAGACCAGUGGGAAAAGCGAGCCCAGAACAUGGCGGAUGAGUGCAAACAGGAGGCUGAAUUUAAAGAAAAAAGCUCCCUUAAAGUUCUUUUCUCAAAGUGGAACUAUCACUGGUCACUUGGUUCCAAUGGAGAAAACAGAAAAGGGGACAUGUCCGACUUCAGGAAGGCCACAAGCAGCACAAAUGAGGCGGAACAGAAGCCCAAAAUCAAAUUUAAAAUUGUUCCUCCCCCUCCGAAACCCAAAUUUCAACCUCCACCUCCCACUCCUCCUCCUCCCAAGAGGUCAACUUCACCCAAACUUCACAGGCAAAAGCGGAAAGUAGAGGUGGAUGUGUUCCGGCUAUGCUGGAGGGAGUCCUGGAAAAGCCUGAAACCCCCAAAGUAUCUUUACCUUAAGGCCAAAGAGGCCAAAGCAAGACUUCCAGGCUUUACGACCAUAGAGCUGACCAACAGCAGGAAGUACAAAGCCCAGCAGUGCGGAUCAGAAGCUGAGUGGAUGGGUCUUAUCUAUAAAUGGAGUCAAUCCUGGAAACAGAUGAAGAGUCCUGCCCAGCUCGAACUCUGUGAGCAGAAACACUUCCAAUGGGAGACUCUGUUUGUAAAAGAUCUGUACGCCAAGGUGAAGUUGGGGGAAUAUUCUCUUCCCGUCUGGGCUGGCACGUGGAAGUUCAUGAACUUCCCCUACAGACAACAGAAGAAAAACUGGGAUUGUGUCUGGCCCGUUUAUGAGCAAAACCGGAGCGAUUCAGACAAGCUAGACUUACUUCUACCGCUGGAGGACCAGGACGAACUUUCGGACUGGGAGGACUCAUGGAAACUGUCUGGAGUAGGAACUGAAACAGAAGACGUUGAAGACGUUGAAUACGAUGAAUACGAUGAAGACGUUGAAGACGAUGAAGACGAUGAAGACGAUGAAGACGUUGAAGACGAUGAAGGCGAUGAAGACGAUGAGACGCAAACUUCCAGCUUCAGCACUGAAGUCACCAUGGUGAUGGAUGAUGUGUUCGUGCCGGGAUGGAGCAGGUCCUGGCUCCUUUCUGCUGCUCCUCCUGAAGAAUACGAGGAGCGCCAACGAAGCUGGAGCUCCUGCUGGGGAUACAGCCAACAAAUCAGGCGACUUUUGGGCACCUUCAGGUGGCAGCAGGCUUCCAUAAACUCCCAUCACCGUCACAGCAACAUGCUGACCAAGAGACGGGAAACUAUGAACAACAUCCUCACAUCCGGGCUGGAUGAGGAAGUUAUAGAUCACACAGAGUGGCUGGAGGCUUGGAAGACUCCCAAAACAUUAGGAAAAUCAUAUGAAGAUGAUUCGGAGGAGGAAGAGGAGGAGGAUGCCGAAGAGAUGAUAGAUGGAACACAGAAUGAAGACGAUUAUGAAGGAGUGGGCGAUGAGGAUGAGGAGAAAGAUGAAGGAAUGGAAGAGGAAGAGGACGAAGAGGAGGAGGAGGCGGAGGAAGAGAAUGAAGACGAUGAAGAAGAGGAAACUAUCAGUGUAGGUGAGGAGAACGAGGAACAAGAGAAGGAGGAAGAGGAUGAAGAAAAAUUGAGAGGUGUUGACAAGCAGAUCGAGGAGGAUGAUGAAGAAAAUGAGAGUGAGGAUGAAGGAGUAGAUGAGGAAGAGGAAGAGGAUGAAGAUGGUAUGAACAACAAAACUAAUGAUUCAAAUGAGAAGAAGAGCAUUGAGGAAGAAGAAGAGGAAGAGAAAGACAAGGAUGUAAAAGACAGUGAGGAAGAGGAAAGCAGUGAAGAAGAAGAUGAAACGGAAAAGGAAAAAGAGGAGAAAAACAUCAAAGAAGACAAGAUGAAAGAUGAGGACAGUGAUGUAGCUAAGGAGGAUGAGGAAGAGGAGGAGGAAGAAGAAGAGGAGGAAGAGGAGGAUAAUGAUGAUGACGAGAAGAAAUCAGAGAAAAACAGCGAUAAAGAAAGAGAUGAAGAAGAACUGGAUGGAGAAGGAAAAGAUGGAGAAGCGGAACAAACACACAGGACUGACCAAUGGCAGAAGCAGCAGGAAAAUGAUGACGAUGAGGAGGAGGAAGAGGAGGAGGAGGAGGAGGAGGAGGAGGAGGAGGAGGAGGAAGAAGAGGAUGAUGUUGACAAGGAGAGAAGUUGCAAAAAUGUCAAGGAAGAGAAUGUGGCAAAGGAGGAGGAAAAAGGAGAAAGGGAGGAAGAUUUAGAUGAGGAGGAUGAAGAGAAUGAGAGGGAGGAAGAAGAGAGGGAUGAAGAGGUUCAUGGUGCGGAUAAUUCAGAUAAGGAAGGAGAAAAAGAGUCGGAGGAGGAAGGACAAGGUGAGGAAGAGGAAGAACAAGACGAUUCUAACAACGGUAACGAAAAGGCGGUGCAGAAGAAAACAAAAGACGAUGACAUGAGCAAAAACCAGGACAGUGAGUUAGACCCUGAGAGCAAUGAUGACGAAGAUGAUGAAGAGGAAGAAUUCUUUGAUGCAGAAGGAGGAGAAGCAGUUGAUGAAAAACAGGAAAUAAAUACAGAUACUGAAGAAGAGGACGAUGAAGAGGAGGAAGGGGACGAAAACACACAAACAAUUGACAAAAAAGAAGAGGAUGAAGAUAACAACUGGCAGAAAGAGAGAGAAGUUAAAGAAAACCAGGAGGAAAAUGAGGAUGACGAGGAGGAGGAGGAAGAGGAGGAAGAUGACGAGGUGAACAGUAAUAUGCAGGACAAGGAUGAAAACAAAAAAGACGAGAAGAAGGAAAGAGAUGACCUUGAGGAAGAUGAGGACGAUGAAGCUGAAGAAGAAAACAAAACAUUGAAAGACCAUGAGGAAGAUGAAAAUGAUGAAGCUGCUGAUAAUGAUGAUGAUGAUGAUGAUGAUGAGGUGGAAGGUGAUCAACUUCAUACUGGCAAAAUGGAGGAAGGUGACAAGCCUGCAAAAAUGGAGGAAGAUGAUGAUGAUGUGGAAGAUUCAGAGAAAAAUGUGAAGGAAGACGAUGAAGAAUUAGAUCAAGAUGAGAAGGAUGAGGAAGAUGAUGAAGAAACAGAUAAGGAUGAGGAAGAUGAUGAAGAAGAAAUAGAUACAAAUGAGAAGGAUGAUGAAGAAAUAGAUCAAAAUGAGAAGGACGAGGAACAUGAUGAAGAAAUAGAUCCAAAUGAGGAGGAAGAUGAAGAAACAGAUCAAAAUGAGAAGGACCAGAAAGAAGAUGAAGAACAAAUAGAUCUAAAUGAGAAGGACGAAGAAGAUGAUGAAGAAGAAAUAGAUCAAAACGAGAAGAACAAGGAAGAUGAUGAAGAAAUGCUGGAUAAUGAAGCGGAUGUGGAGGAAGACAACAAAGCUCCCUCCAAAUACAGAAGGGAGGAAGGUGACCACAAACUUGCAGAGAUGGAGGAUGAGGAAGACCAUGAAGAGGAGGAUGACGACCAAAAUGGAGAAGAGGAGGAUGAAGCUGAGGAUGAUGAGGACGAGAAGGAAGAAACGGACAAAAAUGGUGACAAAGACACGGUCAGUGAAGCAGAGGAGGAGGAGGAAGAGGAGGAAGAGGCUGGUGAAGAAGAACAGGAAGUGACGGCAAAAACAGAGGCCAUUAAAGCCGAAAAGAAGAAACCACGGAGAGGAGCCAAACGCAGACCCGACGCCCCCCUCCAUUUGCAGUUCCACAAGCUCAAUGCCUCCUUCUCCGGCUGGAAACAGUCCUGCGCCGUGGCGGUGGCCCACCGGACGGAGGAAGAGGAGGAGGAGGAGGAGGAGGAAGAGGAGGCGGCGGCGGGGGGGCGAGCCUGGAGGGAGUCGUGGAGGAUUUGUCGGUGGAGGAGGCCGGACGAGGACGAGGUGCUGUGCUUCUCCAUGGAGCACCGCAGCCAGAGGUGCACGGGGGUCCGGCAGGAGCAGGACGCCAUGCCCCCCCACCAGUGGACGCUGAGCUGGAAGAUGACCAAGACCCCCGCAAAGGACAAAGACGCUGAAGACGAGGAGGAGGAGGAGAAAUAUGAUGAAGAAGAAGAAGAAGACGAAGAAGAAGAGGAAGAAGAAGAAAGUUGA